AUGAUUUUUAACUUUGGAAAAGAUCGCUCGCCAGAAGCUACAGAUACAGGAAAGCUAAAACUUGUGCCCAUCAAGGGCGGACCACGUUUAACCAAUAUUCUAGCUAUCUCAUUGGUGAUUAUUUCAGACCAUAAACCGGGGUCGGAUGGAAUUAUAUCGACGCUAGCCUUAUUAAAGCCUUCAUCGAAAGUGUCACUUGCAGCAGGUAUUUCGGUAGCUGACAUUACCGAACUUCUUACACAAGCUGGAUUAUCCGAAGUGGAUUGUUCAAGUGCUGUAGACGAGGAUGGUGUCAUCGCUUCAUCGGGCUCUGCAUCAGUAGAAGCUGUUUUGCUGCUUACAUCAGGACCUGCAACAAGCCGCCACUUGUUGCAGUACCUGAUGUUACCUUAG